CUUCUCUUUCCUUUCAUAUCUAGUACUCUUCAAACACAAGUCAUUUUCUGCUCUUAAAGAAAAAAAGAGAGAAAGAAACAACAUAAAAUUUAUAAAAACUACACAAAACAAAACACUUCAAUUCGCGCCGGAUAAUUCUCCGGCGAUCUUUCCGGCGAAGCUUGAUCAUGUUUAUAAGUGGCUUCUACUACUACUACUACUAGCAAAACGGCGUCGUGACAAGGACCUACUGUUUUAACAAUCGGAGCAAUUUUGAGUGUGAAUCGAGUUAAAGAGACCUGGUGUUGUUGUCGACUCGGCGAAAAAAAAAAUGUCUUUCCAGCACAAAAGCUUUUGGAUGCCAAGAGAUACUGGAUGUCUAACUGAUGGAGAGACAGGUUAUGAUAGUAACUCAAGAAUUGAACCGAAGCGUGGCCAUCAGUGGUUUAUGGAUUCCACUGGACCAGAAUUGUUCAGCAACAAAAAGCAAGCAGUUGAAUCUGUCGGUAAUAGGCCAGUUUUGGGAACUCCUCACGUGAAUGUUUCUCCAUGGCAAAAUGCUUCCAGUUUUCAGUCAGUUUCUGGGCAAUUCAGUGACCGCCUAUUUGGGACUGAGGCUGUGCGCACUGUCAAUAUGGUGGAUAGAAAUAUUCCUUCUGCUGGUGGUGGAAAUAUGACCAUGGUUAUGGGAAGAAAGGAUUUCAAUGACCCUUAUGGUAGCAAUUCCUCUAUGGGUUUGUCGAUGUCACAUUCCAUUGAGGAUGCCUCUGGUGGUAUUAAUUUUGGUGGAAUCCGAAAAGUUAGAGUCAAUCAAGUUAGGGACUCUAACAAUGACAUUUCUGCGUCCAUGGGGCACCCAUACAGUAGAGGAGAUAAAAAUGCAAUUAUAAUGGGUGCUGCCUAUAACAAGGGUGCUACCGAUUCCAUAUCUUUGGGCCCAGCUUAUAAUGAAAGGGGGAAGAAUGUGAUUUCAAUUGGCCCCAACUUCAGUAAAGAAGAUGGCAACUUCAUUUCAAUGGGACACUCUUUCAACAAGGAAGAUGGAAAUUUCAUAUCGAUCGGUCAUGAUUAUACCAAGGGAAAUGGCCAUAUCUUAUCAAUGGGUCAACCCUAUGAUAAGGGGGAUGCUAAUUUUAUAUCAAUGGGUCCAUCAUAUGAAAAGGAUGCUAGCAAUGUAAUAUCAAUGUCUCCUUCCUUUAGCAAGGGAAGCGAAAACUUCAUCUCGAUGGGGCCCACCUAUGAUAAACCAAAUGAGAAUUUCAUUUCUAUGGGUCCCUCCUACAGCAAGGGUGAUGAUAGUAUCAUAUCAAUUGAUGCGAACUAUGACAAGGCAGAUUCUAACAUCACAUCUAUGUGUUCUGCCCAGGACAAAGGGGAUUCUAAUAUCCUUUCCAUGGGUCACAAUUAUAACAAGGGUGAGAGCAAUGGCAUAUCUUUUGGAGGCUUUCAUGAUGAACCUGAGGCAAAUCCCCCUGGCAGUAUCAUCAGUGGCUAUGAUGUAUUAGUGGGUAAUCAGAGCUCAGCUCAGACUUCAGAAGUACCCAGUCAGGAAGACUGUGUACAGUCAAAUGCUGAUCCAGUUGAGAAUAAUGUCCCAAAAGCUAAUUCAAAAACUGAUGUUACUCCCAAGAAUAAAGAUGGAAGGCCAUCUAAGAAGGUCGCCCCAAACAACUUUCCUUCAAAUGUCAAAAGUUUGUUAUCAACGGGCAUGCUUGAUGGGGUUCCUGUGAAAUAUAUUUCAUGGUCAAGGGAGAAAAAUCUUAAAGGACUUAUAAAGGGAGCUGGGUAUCUAUGUGGGUGCCAGGAAUGCAACUUCACUAAGGCUCUGAAUGCUUAUGAAUUUGAGCGUCAUGCUAACUGCAAGACCAAGCACCCCAACAAUCACAUUUACUUUGAGAAUGGAAAAACCAUUUAUGGAGUUGUUCAGGAGCUGAAGAACACUCCACAAGAGAUGCUAUUUGAAGCAAUCCAAACUGUGACUGGGUCACCAAUUAAUCAGAAGAAUUUUCGUAGCUGGAAAGCAUCAUAUCAAGCUGCCACCCGUGAGCUUCAGCGUAUCUACGGUAGAGAUGAAGUUGUCGGGUCAUCUUAAGAUGAAGAUCCUAGUUCUAGAAUAUAUGAGGUGGUAUAUUCUAUGGAUAGCAGCAUAUAUCUUUGGUAAAUUACCAACUUGCUUUGGGAUUUUAAUGAUUUUGAGGAGACAAUGGUAAUUUAUAUUUUGAACUUUUCUAAUAAUGAUAUUUAAGUUAUAAUUUUGGACA